AUGUCUCCCAACGACUCUAACAUUAGAUCUUACUUUGUGUCCAAGGAAGGAAUCAAACCUAGGACAAAAGCCAGAGAAAUCGACGAAGGAUCAAUUGAUCGACCGCCAAUGUCGACUGCUACAAAGCCACAAGACAAAGGCAAACGCAAGAGGAAACUAUCAGGAUCCUCAUCCCCAGUACUCGAGAAGCGACGAGAUACGGGGCUCUCAGAGGACGAUACACCACCGCGCCACUUCUCGCACAAAGACUGCUCUUCAUACCAGUUGCCCCCAUCAUCACUCUUGUCUGAGAUGCCCAAUACCACUCUCAUCCUCACCCAUCACACCGGAAACAUCUUCGCCGCUCCCCCACAUACUUUGCUAAUACACGCUUGCAAUACCCAAGGCGCCUGGGGCAGUGGGAUAGCCAAAGCCUUUAAAGUCGAGUAUCCAAAAGCCUACGCAAUAUAUCAUGCCUUCUGCACGAAAGAGCACCUUUUGAAGUCUCGACCUGUUCCCACUGGCACCGCCCUUUUAAUUCCGCCUGUUGAUGCUGGACACCAGCACUGGAUCGGUUGCCUGUUCACAAGCGCAAAGUACGGAAAGGGCAAGGACAAGCCAGAUGUUAUUGUUGGGAAUACCAAGCCAGCUAUGGAAAUGUUGCUGGAGCUGGCGAAGAUGGCGGGUGAGAUCGAAAGUGUCAGGAUGUGCAAAAUCAAUAGCGGGAAAUUCGGAGUCGAGUGGGAGCGGACGGUGGGAGUACUGGAGAGAAUUGUAGUGAGGGACGACUGGAAGGCUACUGUGGAGGUUUGGGGCCCGGACACGGAAUUGAAGGAGUAG